AUGAAAAAAAACAGGUUCCACGGUAUUGUAAAGGCUACGAGUAACAAAGGCUUCGGCUGCAAGGAAACUCGCAUACAUCGCACCGGCUCACACAUAUACACGCAGGGCACUAUGGACACGCUAUUCAACUCCACGGAGAAAAACGCCCGGGGUAUACCGCAAGCUCCUUUCAUCGAGAACGUCAAGGACAUCAUCAAAGAUCCGAGCGACUUUGAGCUGUGCUUCGGCAAGUUCCAGGAACGGCUCUCUAAGUACAAGUUCAUGCAAGAGUCCAAAAUGGCCACGGUGAAGCAAUUGCAAACCCGGAUCCCAGACUUGCAGAAUACCCUGAAGAUAUGCCAGAGCCUGCGCAACCACAGCGAGGAUGGCGACGAGGACGCUGAGCCUAUGCUUCUGCACUACCAAUUGAACGACACGCUCUUCACAAAAGCCCAGGUCGACAUACCUCAGGACCGUGGAGACCUGAAAGUCGGGCUGUGGCUGGGCGCGGACGUGAUGCUGGAGUACCCCGUCGACGAGGCCAUCGAGCUGUUGCAGAAGAAGCUUACAGACUCGGAAGAGUCUUUGGCUGUGUCUACCGAGGAUGUAGAAUUUCUAAGGGAGAACAUCACCACGAUGGAAGUCAACUGUGCAAGACUGUAUAACUGGGACGUCCAAAGAAGGCAGGAGUUGAAGCAGGCCGAGGAAGGGACCAAAAAUCUGAAGAUAUAA